AUGGCAUCUCAGGUGGUGAUCCUCGCACGCACCAAAACACUAAUCCGAGCUCUAAAUUCCUCCAAGUCUAUAUCCACUUUCACAUUUCUCUCCCAAGAGCCACAACUCGCCGAGGCGAGUCUCCCUGAUCCUCAGCCCUCUCCUUUACCUCCGAACCCUGCGACGGGUAGCCCUCUUUACAAUGAGAACUGGAGGAACGCUGCGCCAAACAACCCAUCUCUGGCCCAAACUUUGGUCCCUUUGGGGUUUCUCAAUCAAACUCCCGCCUCUCGUCUCCAUGCUCUGUCGACCACUCUAGAUGUGCAAUCUAUGAUGAAUUUGUUUGCUGAUUGGAUGACACAGCAGCGGUGGCCGGAUAUGCAGCAGCUGUUUGAGCAUUGGAUAAGGUCGCUGGACAAGAACGGGAAGCCGAACAAACCUGAUGUUAACUUGUAUAAUCAUUAUUUGAGGGCCAAUUUGAUGAUUGGUGCGAGGGCAGCGGAUCUGUUGGAUUUGGUGGCGCAGAUGGAAGAAUUUGCUAUCACGCCUAACACUGCUUCUUUUAAUUUCGUGUUGAAAGCCAUGUGUCGGGACAGGGAGACCGAGGCUGCUGAGAAGUUGCUUGAAAGGAUGUUGGAGGCAGGAAACGAAUCUCUACCCGAUUUUGAGUCAUAUAACUUGGUUGUGGAAAUGUUUUUUGAGACGGACCAGAUUGAUGCAGCUUUAAAAUAUAUAGAUAUGAUUCUCAAAUCUGGUUAUAUGUUAUCAAUCAACAUAUUUCAUUUAUGCGUGAGACGCUGUGUCAACCAGGGCAGACUGGAUACAUUGGUGUCUGUCAUUGAGAAGUGUAAGACAAUGGAUCAAAACAAAGCUCUCAUUCCAUCUUGGCCCAUGUGCAACGAUAUUGCUGAUGCUGCAAUGCUGGCUGAUAACAGCAAAUUGGCAUUUUAUGCCCUGGAAUUUAUGGCAAGAUGGAUUGGACGGUGUGAGACUGCAAGGCCCCCCCUUAUGCUUUCUGUAGAGGAAGGAAUGGUUGUGUCUGCACUGGCGACUGCAGGGAGGACCUAUAAUUCCACUCUCUUAGAUGCAUCAUGGGCAAUUUUGCGACGCUCAUUGCGUCAAAAAAAGGAUCCUAACCCAGAAUCUUAUCUUGGGAAGAUAUAUGCCCUUGCAUCAUUGGGGAAUCUUCAGAGAGCGUUUAGUACUAUGCAUGAGUUUGAGACUGCCCAUGGAAACUCCAAAGAAGCAGAAGACCUGUUCUCUCCAUUCACAUCCUUGUAUCCAUUGGUUGUUGCAUGUUCCAAGAAGGGCUUUGAGACUUUGGACUCAGUGUAUUAUCAGCUGGAGAUUUUGAGUCGUGGAGAUCCUCCUUACAAGUCUGUUGCUGCUCUAAAUUGUAUAAUUUUAGGUUGUGCAAACAUAUGGGACCUUGACCGAGCCUACCAAACUUUUGACGCAAUUAGUUCUUCAUUUGGAUUGACUCCUGAUAUUCAUUCAUAUAAUUGUCUGAUGUGUGCCUUUGGAAGGCUCAAGAAGACAUUUGAAGCUUCGAGGGUGUUUGAGCACUUAGUAAGUAAGGGUGUCAAACCCAAUGCCAUGACAUAUACAUUGCUUGUUGAUGCUCAUCUCAUCAACCGAGAUGCAAAAGCUGCUCUCUCUGUGAUUGACGAGAUGAUAACUGCAGGAUUCAACCCUAGUAAAGAAACACUGAAGAAAGUCAGAAGACGUUGUAUACGGGAGAUGGAUUAUGAAAGUAAUGACAAAGUAGAUUCCCUUGCUCGAAAGUUUAAGAUUCGAAUGGGGACAGAGACUCGAAGAGAUAUGAUGUUUAAUAUUCAGUACGCCACCGAAUAUCCUUCAUAGGUUUUGUGUCUAAUUGAAUUCUCUUGGGUUUCAUCAGUUGGCAUACCUCCAAGUUUGUUUUCCCUGGAGAGUUCAUCCACGAUUGUACAUUAUACGAUUUGAAUUUUGAGUGUUGGCAGGAGGAAGGGUCUUUGAAUAAUCAUGUCUUACAGCCCCCCCUUUUUUUCUUUUUUUUCUUGGUACUUUUUAAGGUGUAUUUUAUGUUCUUCUUCGAGGGAACUGCAGUAGUGAAUUGUUACUGUAAAAGAUUACUUUUAGAUUUAGAUGUCGAUGAAUAAAAGUUCGGGCUUGCGUUCGAAAAAAAUAGAAAGAUUUUGCUAA